AGUUAUUGCUAUUAGCCGUGAACGCCAUCUUGGAUCUAGAAGGUUUCUAAACGGGGAAAACAGGAAAAGGGUCAGGAAAAUAGAUACUUUCGUUCUUAUUUUGUAAUUUCCCCCACUGGCUGAUGAUGAAGAAACACGAGUCAUGACGUCGCCUCUUUAUUUGCUGAUAUAGUUAAAAUCGGUCAAUCUGAGAGGAUUGUGGACUGAGGAAAUUUCCGCAGUUUACUGUAACUUGGUUUGUUUAUGUUAUUCAACCCGGACAUGGACUCUUCUAACCCAGACAUACCAGAUGACUCUCUGGGUUUGGGAGCCGGUGGGGCCCAGGCAAGCAGCAGUGCUGUUGUGCCAAAAGGGUCCAAUAAGAGACGAGCUGCGCCAGACUUCGAUGAUGAUGAUGAUGGAAGCAAGCUCUUCAGGUGUGAUGACGAUGGAGGAGGAGGAGACAAAGAGCGAUUUGCCAGGGAGAAUCACAGUGAGAUUGAGCGGCGGCGGAGGAACAAGAUGACUGCUUACAUCACAGAGCUGUCGGACAUGGUUCCCACCUGCAGCGCGUUGGCACGGAAACCAGAUAAGCUGACCAUCCUGCGCAUGGCCGUGUCCCACAUGAAGUCUCUGAGAGGGAGCGGCAACACUGCAGCAGACGGGACUUACAAACCAUCCUUCCUCACCGACCAGGAGCUGAAGCACCUGAUCCUGGAAGCUGCUGAUGGCUUCCUGUUUGUGGUGUCAUGUGAGAGUGGGCGGGUCGUCUAUGUGUCAGACUCCCUGACCCCUGUUCUUAACCAAUCACAGUCCGACUGGCUAGGCUCCUCACUCUACGACCAGCUCCACCCGGACGACGGAGACAAACUACGAGAGCAGCUCUCUACUGCAGAGAGUAACAAUACAGGGAGGAUGUUAGACCUGAAGACAGGAACAGUUAAGAAGGAGGGACAGCAGUCCUCCGUCAGGAUGUGUAUGGGAGCCAGACGAUCCUUUAUAUGUAGGAUGAGAUGUGGUUCGUGUCCAGUGGAGCCCAUGUCUAUGAACAGAUUGAAUUUCCUGCGGAGCAGGAACAGGAAUGGUCUGGGCCCACCCAAGGAUGGAGAGCCUCAGUAUGUGGUGGUCCACUGCACUGGAUACAUCAAGUCCUGGCCCCCCACAGGGGUGAAUCUAACAGAUGAGGAAGCAGACAAUAUUCAGGGGAGUCGCUACUGUCUAGUCGCCAUCGGUAGACUUCAGGUGACCUCUUGCCCGAGCGACACAGACAUGAACAGCAUCAGUGUUCCGGUGGAGUUCAUCUCUCGUCACAACUGCCAGGGCCUCUUUACCUUCGUAGACCACCGCUGCAUGGCCACAGUGGGCUACCAGCCUCAGGAACUGCUGGGUAAGAACAUCUUGGAGCUGGCCCACCCUGAGGACCAGGAACUGCUGAGAGACAGCUUCCAGCAGGUGGUCAAGCUGAAGGGUCAGGUGCUGUCCGUCAUGUUCCGCUUCCUGUCCAAGACCAGAGACUGGCUCUGGAUCAGGACCAGCUCCUUCACCUUCCAGAACCCCUUCUCUGAGGAGAUAGAGUACAUCAUCUGUACCAACGCCAACGUCAAAACCUCGACUCAGGACACCCUCACCCCCCUCUCGUCCUCAGGGGUGUCUUUGCCCCCCUCGCAGGGGGAGAGCAGUCCUAACUUCCCCCCUGUAUCCCACAGCCCAGGGCAGGUGGCUGCCAGACAGUUGCAGCAGCAGCAAGCAGAGUUGGGGGGAGGAGGGAGAGAUGGUCUGUACGAGGCAGGACAGGUUACACUUCCACAGAUGCCUGUCCAGGCCGUGACCGCAGCUGGAACUGACCACAGUAAGACCAGGGACAAGGCAGAGAUGCACCCCUCCAUGUACCCCAACCCAGACCAGGCCAAGUUCCUGCCCUCCACCUCUGCCCCCGGAGUACCCAUCUACCCUCAGGACAACAACAACUACACCACUGCCAACCGCUCCAACGACACAUACAGCAGGUCAGUAGGGAUGUCCCCUCAGAUGGUGCAGCCAUCCCACUCCGCAGGCCAGGUGCUGGCUCAGAUGUCCCGUCAGAACGGGGCACCCCCCUCCAACAGCAGCCCCCUACAGGGAGGGGCAGCGGUGAGCUGGCCGGGGCCAGCAGCAGGGGCUAGACCCCCCUUCAACAACCAGCAGGUGGUGCCCCAGGCAGGGAAGGCCCUGUCUCCCCAGUUUGCCAUGGGGAGUUUUGUUGGGGGCUCUUCCUCCUCAUUUGGGGCGAUGCCCACCACUGCCGCUCCGACCCCCACCAUGGGGGCUAACUACCCAAAUAUCAACCCCCGCGCCAGCCUCAAUACCAACGGAUAUGAUGGCUUGGGGUCGGGGCAGCAGUUCCCCUCCAGGGCAGCGGAGGCAGUGUGGCCCCAGUGGCACGGCCAGCAGCAAGCUCAGAACAGGGCAGAGCAGCCCCACACACAGAACAACCAGCCUGACAUCUUCCCUGAUGUUCUCGCCAUGCUGGACCAGCCGGCCAACUUCAACAACGAUGACUUUGAGAUUCCCAUCUACCCCUCUUUCAACGAGUGACCCCGCAUACACUCUUCCACUUACCUCCUCUGUCUCUCAAAUGUCUCCUUCUCUCUCAUUUGGUGCACUUUUGCUCUCUUUCUUCGCCUUUCGUGAUCCAACGAGAGCAUGUCUAAUUAUCGCUCAGAUGAUUGCACUGCCAGG